ACGGUCCGACUGUUAACAUUUGUCAAGACGCGCGCGCGGGCGUGAUUGCGCGCGCGCAUUUUUAUUUUUUAUUUUUUACCGAGUGUGAAAUUUUGUGGACCUACGUGGCUGAAGUUGGACUACAACACUCCGUCCCACUCUCUCUCUCUGUCUCUCUCGCUCCCUCUCUCUCUCUCUUUCUCUCUCUCUCUCUCUCUCUCUCUCUGUCUCUCAUGCGGUCCAAGCGCGAGCUGUGAAAGGUGAACUUGCUGCCUGCCGUGGAUAAAUUAUGUGCGACAUCUUUAGCGGGGCCGCCUUAUAUGGAGCCUGGUGUUGCUGAAUACAGUAAGGCUCUACCAAGAGAGGGAGGGAGGAAAAGAAGGAGGACGGAGGGAGGGCGAAAGCGAGAGGGAAAGAAGAGAAGAAGGAGGAGAGAGGGAGCGAAAGAGAGAGGACUGCCGCGCAGCGAGCAUGAGGUUUUCGCUUUCCGCCCUCCGCUCAGCAGCAGUCAGAUGAGUCCUUGCAGAGAGGCAAGAGAAGUGCCUUCGUGUGCUGACCCUCCUGGCUGUCUGGCUCCUCUGAGGCCGCCUGUGCCUGCCCAAGUUCGCCGGAGCCGCUGGGGCCACACCAAAAGCACCAGGGCUGCCAUGACUGCCAGCUCCAUCCGCUAAGGUUGUCUCUGUGCAAACGGCACUUCCUCCCGCCCCCGUAUCCUGCCUGCUCUCUUCACCAUCCAUGCCACUCCAGCCUCCUCUGUGAAGGCCCAACUCCCUCUCCCCCGCACCUUCUCAGUCGACAAAUAUUGAAGGCAAACAGCUUUUAUCGGCUCCUGCUAGCUGAAAGAAAAUUGUUUCACUGCUGUUGUCUCUGCUGGUUCUCCUCUCUUCCAGUCACUUUUCCCCCCUCGUCUGCUGGCCCCUGCGUUCUGUCAUCAUGGGCCAAACCUGAUCGAUACCGUGUUGUGCCGUUCAUCUCGUCUGACGGUUCAGCUGACAAGUGAGCAAAUUGAGAGAACUGGGGUUGCGUGUGCCCCCGUGUGCGUUAAGAGACAGGUUACAAGACAACGGCGACAGGCUUGUUUAAGCCACAAACAGACUCCUGGGAUGGACCCCAAGUGUUAGGAGAGCCCCCAACAGGCUUCUUUCAGAUCACAACCUUGGAGCACAACCACUGAAGCUGUGUUUUUUUUUUUUUUUUGUUUGUUUUUUGUUUUCGUUUUUUUUUUUUUUUUUUUUCUGAUGUUCUCAACCUAUCCCUUCUCAUCAUCUGCCCCGGUUUUACCAGAGAACAGCAAGCUUGCUGGACAGCUAGCUCCCCCCGAUCGACCCCUUCCUGUUUCAGUUUGAAAUGGCGGUGAAUGUGACACCGAUCCGGGACACGAAGUGGCUGACGCUGGAGGUGUGUCGGGAGUUUCAGAGAGGAACGUGUUCGCGGCCGGACAACGAGUGCAAGUUCGCCCACCCUGCCAAGAGCUGUCAAGUGGAAAACGGCAGAGUCAUUGCCUGUUUUGACUCACUCAAGGGACGCUGUUCCAGGGAGAACUGCAAGUACCUGCACCCUCCUCCCCACCUAAAGACACAGCUGGAGAUCAACGGAAGAAACAACCUAAUUCAGCAGAAAAACAUGGCCAUGUUGGCCCAACAGAUGCAGCUCGCCAACGCCAUGAUCCCCGGAGCACAGCUACAACCAGUGCCCAUGUUUUCAGUCACCCCCAGCCUUGCAACAAACGCCAAUGCCGCAGCAGCAGCCGCUGCGUUUAACCCCUACCUUGGCCCCGUGUCACCCGGUUUGAUGCCCGCUGACAUCUUGCCAAGCGCGCCCGUACUGGUCACCAGCAACCCCAGCGUUCCAGUACCUGCUGCCGCUGCCGCCGCCGCCGCACAGAAGCUCAUGAGGACGGACAGACUGGAGGUUUGCCGGGAGUACCAGCGAGGUAACUGCACUCGAGGGGAGAACGACUGCCGCUUCGCCCAUCCGUCAGACAGCACUAUGAUUGACACAAAUGACAACACAGUCACUGUGUGCAUGGACUACAUAAAGGGCCGCUGCUCGAGGGAGAAGUGCAAGUACUUCCACCCCCCGGCUCACCUGCAGGCCAAAAUCAAAGCCGCCCAGCACCAAGUCAACCAGGCUGCGGCCGCCGCUGCCUUGACUCAGUCGGCUGUCAAAUCACUGAAGCGACCCCUCGACGCAACUUUUGACCUGGGGCUCCCUCCUGUCUUGCCUCCUUUACCAAAGAGACCUGCACUUGAAAAAGCCAACGGUGCCAACACUAUGUUCAAUGCUGGCGUUUUCCAGUACCAACAGGCCCUGGCCAACAUGCAGUUUCAGCAGCAGGCUGCCUUCAUACCAUCAGGCUCGAUUUUGUGCAUGACACCUGCAACAAGUGUUGUACCCAUGAUGCACGGUGCUUCUCCAGCCACUGUGUCUGCAGCCACCACACCUGCCACAAGUGUUCCCUUUGCAACAGCAACAGCCAACCAGAUUCCAAUAAUAUCUGCGGACCAUCUGACUAGUCACAAGUAUGUGACCCAGAUGUAGGAGUCUCUGUCAGAACAAUGGAACUGGAGAUGGAGCGUGCUGGUGUCAAGUCCAAGAUUAACGGUCAACCUUCAUACAAGUAACAGCGAGAGCCGAGUGGCUUUGGAAUAAAAUCUGCAUGUCAGCGUAGAAGGAACAACGUUCUCAUGUGACGUUCCUGCACAGUUUCACGCGACAACAGACAAAAACAAAAACAAAGAAUUAGAAGCGCGUCAUUUGUAUUUCAAGACUUGCCUCUCGUUUUGCAGAGGCGACUGACCUUUAUUCACCAGACACAUUUUGAAUGUCAACACAAGGUUCAUGAGGGAGGAGCAGUCGUCGGGACUGAAUCGGUACGUCCGCUGACCAAGAAUCAACUCUUGCGUUGUCUUGUUCGUUUAUUGGUUGUUGGUUUUUCGAAUGUCAAUGUGUUCAUUUGUUUACACCAAGGUGCACCUUGUAUCUCAGUUAAAGUAAAGGAACAGAUAAUCUGACUGAACCACAUAUGCAUGCACAAUAAUUUUAUUUUUUGUUUGUUUGUUUUUUGUUGUUCUAUCUGGUUCUGUUCUUCUAACAGUGAUGAGGGAAUUUGCCUGCGCAAGAAAGCAACUGAAUGUCUGUGAUGUGUCUUUCAAACCUUUGUAGCCUACCUUUUUAUCUCUUAAGCACACGUCUUUAACCUUACAGGAAUCCCUGUAAAGUGCCAUGCAUCUCAAAGUAGACAGGAAUUGUAUUCAAGCAGUGUUACAAAGUUUUAAACUCAACAAUUCCCUUUAAGUCAUACGCGUCUGGUUUAGGGGUUUGCUCUUUUUUCAGGACAUGUGUCCAGCCACAUGACCUGUCAUUACCUGUAAUUCCCGUUAAGCACCGCUGAUUAUUGCACCCUAAAUAUUCUACUGAUGGAAACCUUUUUACAUUUUUUGUUUUGACUAUAUUCUUCGAUAUCUGUUAGCUGUUCAGAAAUGCGAACCUGCAAACAUAACAAUCCGUCUUUCUGUGCCAGCAUGUGCUUUGCAAAACUAUUCAUAUCACCUUUUCCACAUUUUUUUCACUCUGCAACUACAAACUUGUCUUUUGUGACAGACCAACACAAAGUAGCGCAAUCGUUUUUGGGUUUUUUUCCACUAAUGAUAUACUUUUGUGGCGCCACUUUUUGCUGCGAGGAGAGCUGCAGUUGUUUUGUUGCACAUCUAAAGACUGAAACCUUUUGCCAAUUCUUAGCUAUAAAAUGGCACAACUGUGAAAUAGCCUCAUGUUCUCAGUUAGAUUUAGAUGUAAGGCGUUGUAUUGAGUCGUUCUCCUGCUUUUCUGCGUUCGCUUCCCUCCGUCUUCUCAUGGCCUCCGAUCGACCUUCCCGUUCCGCUAGCGAAAAGCCUCCCUCCAAGCGCCGCCUGAAUUGCGUCUCGUUGUCGGGACGGUGUGUUCGGGGCUGCGUGGAGCGUAGGUUUUCUGCCACCAACGCUUCAUGCAACAUUUUGCAGGCAGGUGACUUCCUGAAAGCCACUGGAAAAUCUUGAGCUCAUCAACGCUUGGACUUCACACACGCGGCACAUUUCUCUGCGCUACUUUGUGUCGGUCCAGGACAGAGCAAAUUUGAUUUAAGCACUCUGAGGUUUUGUGGUUGCCGUGUAGCAAAAUGUGAAAAAGUUCAGUCGAAUAAUAGUGAUAAUAAUGUUUCAAGGUAGCGCAAGUUGCAUGCAGACCUGUAGAGUCUCUCUGGGAUGAAGACGAAAACAACAAAAUAACUGCUGUGAAGGCAAACAAGAAAUCUGUAAAGAAGAGUCUGCUGGUGGAGGUGUGAUGAUCUUUGUUUUCUUUAAAAACAGAAAAAGAAGAAAAAAAAAUAAUGAUAAUUUGUUCUUCUUAUUCAUGGUUAUGCGUAUUCUAAGACAGGUCGUCGAAGAAAAGUCGGCGUAGUGCGUGCGUGUAUAUAUAUAUAUAUAUGUGGUCCGACGUAUUUAAGAGUGUUUGUUUAAUACCUGAGAACUGUCUUUCGGAUAGUCAGCCAAAGUCUUUCUGUGUCGCUGUCGUACUGAGUAGACUAGAGGGGCUGACUUCAGGAGGACAGCCAGCCCAAAGAAGGUCCGGGUGUUUAGAGUAGAUCUCUGAAACUGUUUGUUUUGUUUCUCUCGUGGUUUGGAUGUUCUUCAGACAUUUUUAAUUGACGGACAAGGACAGCUGGAAAGCGGCAAGAAAAUGAAACCUGAUUGUAUUACUCAUCCGAAGCCUUAGCAUGUACCAUCGGGUCAGCACAAUGCAACACGCCAUUUUGAACCAUGCGGCUGCCUAAUCCAUGCCAUAAUGCAACACACACAGAACACGACGUGGCUGUCUGUGUUUUCCUUCUCAGACAAGGAGUGAACAUUUUGUUUGGAAAAUACUUUGAUGUUAGUUCUUACUUUUUUGGUUUUGCGGAUAAUAUUUAUCUUUAUAAUAAUGAGUAUAAUAGGUACAGCGUGCGUGCGUGUUUCUGCAUGUGACCUCCCAUCCGCAGAGUUCCCAAAAAUUCCACGUGAGGUCUUUUUUUUUUUUUUUUGUUCUUUUUGGUACGGUUACGAUUGUAAGCUCAAUAUUUUCUACGUUAUGCAUAUUGUUGAAGCGUAUGCGUCUUCUGUUCAUUUCUCUCGUCUGGUUUCGUGUGUGUUCUUUGAACAAAGAUGUUUUAUAUGAGUAUCUAACAGUGUUGACACAAUAGAAACACGAGAGGCUGAGUUGUCACUGUGGCGACGCUUGUCAAUAACUGACUAAUAUUUUAACGAUUGUAAGGUUUGUACCUCGUCCUAUAAGCGUAAAAAAAAAAAAACAAACAAAAAACAAUGUUAUCAAAAAGUCUAGUUCAUAGAUGUUUAGAGUAAAGAUGUUAUUUUCUAUCCAUUUCAAAUAUUAACUAUUGUUGAAAUGUUUCUACUCUCCCUGGAAAUCGGGCCAUGUUGGAAGACAAGCUGCAUAUUUAAUCACUUUUACAGGCCGGCAGGGCGAAGGCGAACUCGGCGGGCGGCGGUCCGACGCGCUCGUCUCCAACUCCGCCGACCGCAAACAACGGGGAGGGCGGGGGGGGACAGGGUGAGGGGAACACUGUGGCGAUGAAGACGUAACGAAGGUCGACUUUUUUGCACUUCUGUACAUAGCCAAAAAAAAAAAAGAAAGAAAAGAAAAGCAAAUAAAAAUAGAGAGUAUCGUGUA